UCCCCUCAGACGAGGCCCCAAGAACAUCAGACGCCCAANAAGUCUCCCACCGAACCUAAUGUCCUGAACGUCGUCUUGGGCAACAUCCAGAUCAAGCCAUGGUAUCCCUCAUUCUACCCUGAGGAUCUCGUCGGCAGGAAGGCCGAGCGCCUCUAUGUCUGUGAGAGCUGUUUUCGCUACUCCAAAGAGCUCAUGCCAUACCUUGCACACAGAGUACGGUCGCCCUCAUCUACUGGCGCACAACGUCCAGGCCAAGCUGACAUAAGUCAGAGAGUCUGUCCAUUGAGAGAGUCGCCGCCACCGGGAACACUGAUAUAUCAGACGGCCGACCAAUCAAUAUACGAGAUCGAUGGUGAAGAGCACAAGCUGUACUCGCAGAACCUCUCCUUGUUCGCCAAGCUCUUCCUCGACACCAAGUCUGUCUUUUACGAUGUCACCACAUUUCGUUACUACCUUCUCGUGCUUACGGAUCCGCAAACCGCCGAAAGACAAGUCGUGGGCUUUUUCAGCAAGGAAAAGAUGAGCUGGGACAACAAUAAUGUGGCUUGUAUUCUGGUCUUUCCACCCUGGCAGAAACGUGGCCUGGGCCAGUUGCUUAUGGGUGUGAGCUAUGAAUUAAGUCGACGAGAAGGCAGACUCGGUGGUCCUGAAAAACCCCUAUCGAGUCUCGGAAGAAAGGCCUAUCUAGCAUACUGGUCAGCCUCGAUCUGUCAGAGCAUCUUGUCAAAUCCUUCAAAUCGAUCUUGGACUGUCGACCAGAUCGUUCAGCAAACCUGGAUCGCACCCGAAGAUGUGGUCAUGGCCCUGGGCGAGACGUCCAUGAUCGAGCCGAACAAAUUGCUCGAUGGAUCAGUCGUCUUGGUCAGGGGCAAGAUUGAAACCUGGGUGCGGGCACACGAGACGGCGGCGGCCACGCCAGCCAUCGAUAGGACCGCCUUCACGCAGACCUUUCGUGAUCAAAAACAC